AUGCUCCUCGCGUCGCUCUUUCCCGUCCUCGCGUUUCUGUCGGGAACGAUCGCCGUCCCGCUCAACUCUCGCUCGAUCGAGAAACGUGCUCUGCCCAAGUUGGGCGGGGUCAACCUUGCUGGAUGUGACUUUGGGAUGAACACCAACGGUAACUCUGGUACGAGCUACUGUCCGGGUACAGACCAGAUCGCCCAUUUUACCAAACAGGGCGCGAACCUUAUCCGCCUCCCCGUAGGCUGGCAAUACCUCACCGCCAACUCUCAAACCUCGACCUCAUUCGACGAGACCUUCUUUGCGAUAUACGACAAGCUCGUGCAGGCCUCACUGGCGGCCGGGGCGUACGUCAUGAUCGAUGUGCAUAAUUAUGCGAGGUGGAAUGGGGGGAUCAUAGGGCAAGGUGGACCGAGCAACGCGGAUUUCGCCAACCUCUGGUCCAACCUCGCCAAGCGCUACGCCACCGAACCCCGUAUCAUCUUCGGCAUAAUGAACGAGCCGCACGACCUCGAUAUGCCCAAAUGGGGCGCGACCGUCCAAGCCGCGGUGAAUGCUAUUCGGGCGGCAGGGGCGACGAGUCAGAGCAUUGCGCUGCCGGGGACGCUGUAUACUCAUGCGGAGCUAUGGUAUCAGGGUGUGAAUGAUCCGGUCGUCGCGGUCACUGACCCAGCCUCAUCCGACAAGUCCAAGCUCAUCAUCGACGUUCACCAGUACCUCGACAGUGACGGAUCCGGCACGUCCCGUGAAUGCGUAAUCAAUGCGGUGGACAAGAUGAAGCUCCUCUCGGCCUGGCUGAAGACGAACGGCCGGAAGGCCAUCGUAUCGGAGAUUGGAGGUGGGAAUACCGCAUCGUGCCAGACCAACUUGGGACAGUUCUUGUCUUAUGUUGCGAGCGAUAGCAACUUUAUCGGGUUUGCCGCUUGGUCUGCUGGUUCCUUCGACUCGAGCUAUGAACUCAGUAUCACCCCUCAGAACGGGCAGGACAAUGAUCUCUUCAAGAAGGCUAUUCUGCCUUAUCUCCCUGGGUAA